AUGGAUCAGGUGCACAACAGGGCAAUGGACGCCCUCCAGCCUUUCGUCCAUCUCGCCGAUUCCAGUAGCGCCUCUUCGCCCCGGUUCGUGACGAACAUCAUCACAAACGCAACAUCAAGCCCGCACACAUAUGUCUUCGCAGAGCUCCUGGAACGGCCCUCAGUUCAAGCUCUCCGCUCUCCAGAUACCCCCUCCGAGCUUCAGGGAUAUUUAACCCUCCUCGAGAUAUUCGCCUGGGGAACAUGGCAAGACUAUCAGCAAACGCCCAACCUUCCCGCCCUCAGCGUUGAACAAGCUCGCAAGCUCCGCCUCCUCUCACUCCUCUCCCUCGCCUCCACCACCAAACCCCUCACAUACGAAUCCCUCAUGAGCCCCCUCUCCCUAUCAGCACCCUCGGAACUCGAAACCCUUGUCACAACAGCAAUCUACUCCUCCCUCAUCACAGCCCGCCUCUCCCCAGCUACAACCCCACCAACCGUGAACGUUACCUCCGUCGCCGCACUCCGAGACGUUAAACCCACGUCCCUUCCCGCAAUCAUCUCCACGCUCGCAGCCUGGGAAUCCCGCUGCGGCUCCGUCAUCACAGAUAUAGAAGCCGAGAUCGCUAAGAUCAGGGCCGAUUCAGCCCAACGCCGUGCACGGGAACACACCCGCCUGAUCGUUAUCGAGAAGACGCUCGCAAAGUGGAAUCCCGAGUCUGGUGAGCCGAGUGCGCUGGGAGGGGACCCUGCUGGCCGGGGCGGACCUUCUGGUAGGAAACUAGGCUGGAAAAAGGACUUCAGUGCGGCACUGCGGGGUCGGGAUUUCUUCGGCGGCGGCAGCAACAAGCGUGAGUUCAAUGACGAUGCAUUCUUUGAUGGAAAUGCGAAUGAAAUUGAUGCACUUGGGUCGGGAAUGGACAUCGAUGAAGGUGCUGGUGCGAGGACAGGAUUGGGGAGUGCUGGGGCUAGAACCGCAAAGCGUUUUCUAGGGAAGAAGUCAUAA